AUUAACAAAUCUGGAAACCGAUAGAAAGGAAGUUGUUAGGAUUGUUUAUUUCUCGGCUGCGGGUACAGAUUCAAAUACAAAUAACAAUAAAUCAUCCACACUCGUUUUCCUCUCAUUCAUUUCCCAAUGCUUUCCCUUCCCACAAUCCCUUAAAUUCCCCCUUUCGAAUUCCCUUUCUCCACUUCAAAAUUCCUUCUAAUGGCCUCUCCUUCUUUCUCCAUCUUCCAACACCAUCUAUCCGAUGAAAAUUACGCAGAAGAGUUACAGCUUCAAGAAGUUAUCACUUCCUCCUUAUUAUCUCCUCCAAUAAAAAUCCCCAUUCAUCCAUCCCCAACACCCCACUCUUCUACUUCUCAAGUUCUCUGUUCAAUCUGUACAGACGCAAAAUCCCAUUCCCAAAUGUUCACCAACAGAGUAUGUACACAUACAUUCUGCACCGAUUGCAUCUCAAAGCACAUCGCUGCAAAGCUUGAGGUUACAAUGGCAGUGAAGUGUCCGGAGCCGAAUUGCGGGACGGUGCUGGAGCCGGAGAUGUGUGGAUCCUUCGUACCGAAGAGGGUUUUGGAGCGGUGGGCGGAUGCUCUGUUUGAGGCGAUGAUUCUGAAGUCGAAGAGAUUGAAUUGUCCGUUUAAGGAUUGUGGGGCGGCGAUGAUUGAUGAAGGGGAUGAGGAAGGGGUGACGGCGGUGGAAUGUGGGAGUUGUUGGAGGUUGUUCUGUGCAGAGUGUAGAGUGGGAUGGCAUGGGGAAAUGGAAUGUGGAGAGUUUCAGAGACUGAGGAAAGAGGCGGGUGUAAGUGGAGAUAAAGAUGAUGCGAUGACUGUGAAACUAGCUGAGAAUAAGAAAUGGAGGAGAUGUCCUCAUUGUAAAAUUUACGUUGAGAAGACUGUUGGUUGUGUUCAUAUCGUCUGCAGGUGUGGAUCGGAAUUUUGCUACAGCUGUGGAGGUAAGUGGGGUGGUGCUCAUGCUUGUCGGGGUUCAGCUUAUGAACGCACUGUCCAUCGACGUUGAUUUUCAACCCAUCCUUCAUCCAUAUGAAUGAAUUCAAAAUUGUUAGAAUUUCAUUUUUAUGUUUUAAGAGUUAGAUUUUAACAACUAAAAUUUUA